AUGGCCUCAAAUUUUCCACACAUGAGUGGCGCGGGCCAGAUGGUGCCACAGCAACAGCAGCAGCAGCAGCAGCAGCAACAACAACAACAGCAACAACAGCAGCAGCAACAGCUACAGCAACAGCAACAGCAACAGCAACAGCAACAACAUCAGCAGCAGCAACAGCAGCAACAUCUACAGCUACAGCAGCAGCAACAACAACAACAACAACAACAACAACAGCAACAGCAACAGCAGAUGCAGCAGCAAAUGCAAAUGCAACAACAACGACAACAAGGAAUGUCCCAGCAAAUAAAUCAAGCCAUAUUUCAUAAACUCCAAGCGCAAGGAGCGCCCCCGGAAGGCUGGCAGACGUCAUUACAGGCUCAAGAACGUAUGGGAUACAUCUUCAACAUCUUUGCUUCUUUACGACUCGUUUCCCAAAAUGUGCCCCACCCUGGAGGAAUGCCGAAGAUGCUCGAUGCUGCUGUCCAGUAUGAGUUGGAGAGUUUUUUAAAGUCGCCCGAUAAAGCCUCCUAUAAGAAUAAAAUCAACGAGAAGCAACGUGAAUUACACCAGAAUCGAUUACAAACCCAGCAAACCCUUCAACAACAAGUCAACACGCAAGCGCAAGCCCAGCAGCAGAUGAUGAUGAUGAAUCAAAAUGGGUUGCAAGGCCAAAUGCCGAGAAACCUUCUCCGCCAAAUUCCCCAACAAGGCUACCAGCACCUUCAACACCAGAUGCAAGCGUCACCAUUACCCCCUCAGCAAUCACAGGCCAUGCCAAACGGCCCGCCGAACGAUCGCCUUCCGCAGAACAUGCCUCAGAACGCACAAUUGCAACCGAAUGGCAUGCCGCAUCAGAUUCAGCAUGGACCUGGUAGACCUGUGAAUGGGCAGUCACAAUUACAACCAACGGGGAACGAAGCGACGGAAGUCAAUCGAGAAGCAAUGAAAAUGUUGAACGAAGCGUCAGAACACGAAAAGGCUGGUCUACGAAUAAAUAUUCGGAGCAGAAUCCCUCCAGUCCAAAUUCAACAGCACGAAGCAAGUGGGACAGACAUCGCCUUACUAUUUUAUCGACAGCAAGCUAUCUCGAAAUGGCGUAACCGUCAACCUCAAAUGGGGCAAGGACAGGGUUCUGCUCAAGGACAACAGCCCACCCUUCCUCAGCAUCCACAAAAUGCAACUGCGACAGCUCCAAUCAUGCAGCAACAGAGGUCCAUGAAUCCGAGCCCGAUGAAUGGCCAAUCGCAACCCCCGGUAACCAUGGGCGGUGGCCCAGACUUUAACUCCUUCCUGGGUAACAUGGAAAACCUUAUUGGUAAGCAGCAGCAAGCGGGAGUGAUGGCUCAGGAAGCAGGUCAAAUUGUUGUACCCGUCAGUGCGCCAAGGAACAACACUCCUCAGCCUAAUGUUACCAUGCCAGGACAAGCGAUGAACAUGAAUGAACAACGCUCAGCUUCGAAUCCAAUGGCGAGGGCACAGGCCCAACAAGCUCAAAUGUUCAAUGCCCAACAGUCACAGAGAAUGCAGCAACAGCAGCAUCAGCAUCAGCAGCAGCAGCAGCAACAGCAGCAGCAGCAGCAGUCACAGCAAGCUCAAGCUCGCGCAAAUGCUGCCGCCAAGGCACAAAUGGGGCUACAAGGUCAACCUAGCGGAAUGGGUCCCGGUCCGAUGCCUCCACAGCAGAGCCCCGCCAUGAAUACGCUCAACACCCCUUUGAGGACACCAUCUCAGCAAAUGGGCCAUGUCGAAGCCGGAGGAAUCAAUCAUAACCCACAAUUUGGUCAGCCACUUGAUCCACGUUUUCCGCCAGGCAACCAAAGGCAAAUGUUUGCUAGCGCUAUGAACGGCUUUAAUCCCGCAAUGUUACGAGAUAUGGGUUCAGAUCAACGAAGACAGUUCGCGUCUUUGCCACCUGAAAAGAUGAAUGAGUUCGCCAAAAAUUGGCAAGCUCAGCAGCCUAGUCAAAUGCAACAAGGAUCACAGAUGCCGAUGCAAGGAAACAAUAAUCAACUCCGUCCAGGACAACCUGGCCCACAGUCUGCACAAUUUGCACAGCAGCAACAUGCUAUAAGCCAAUGGAUGAUGAGUAACCCUGGACAACGACCUCCUCCCACGUUGUUGGCCGGCUUGACACAGCCACAGCAAAUGGUCCUACAACAACAAAUGGCACAGAUUGCCAUGCAGAUGGAUAACAUGGAAAUCCCUCAAAAUUGUAUCAAUCACCCCAUUAUGGUCAAAGGAAUUCCUCCAGAAGUCAAGAAGUGGGGCCAGUUGAAACAAUGGAUUGGCUCGACUCCCACCAUACCACCGACGUCACUCGACACCGUGAAAAGCUUGCAAAAAAUGCACUUCAUGCAGCUUAAGCAAAGACAGGCCGCACAACAGCAGCUCAACCCAGCGGGCCCACCUAAUCCUGUCGGAGGCCAGAAUCCUAUGCCUAUUGUACCCCCAAGAAUGUCAGCCCCUGUUGCCCCUAUGGUUCAGAAUCCCAUUCAAAUUCCAAAUGGAAUCAAUUUGGGCCCUGGCGUUAUGCGACAAAUCUCGCCCCAGGAAAUUUUGAACGUUCGUAAUCAUCCCACUGGUAAAUUUGCGAACGCCAGUGAUGAAUAUAUUCGCGCGUUCCUAAUGCGAAGUCAACUCAACAAUAUUCAAGCAGCCCAACAACGCCAAGCCCAUAUGGCCAAUAUGGCGCACAUGAAUGGUCAGCAGCUACCUCAAAAUGCGCAACCUGGAUUACCGAACUCAAACCAGAUGACUACUCCUCAGCAACCACCCGGGCAGAUGCAGCCACAAAAGCCAGCAACUUCAGCACCAGAACCGGCAGGUCCAACCAUGCCCGCAAACCGCCCUCGGCCUCCACCAAAUAAUAAGUCAGCAACCGCACAGAGCUCGUCGCCUUCUCAAGCACCUAAGAAUAACUUAAAACGGGCUAGUAGCGAUGAUGUCGUGGAGGUUCCCAAUCCCAAUGGACAACAGCGCCCACCGCUCGUAUCACAACAGAGAGUUCCAUCCCGGCUCACACCAGACCAGAUAGCGAAACUUGAUCCAGAGAAAAGAAAAAGCUAUGAGGCCAUGCUACGUCAAACGUUGAGCGCGAGACAGCAGGCCAGCGUAAGCAGCCCCGAGAUGGAUAUGUGUAAUAAGAAGAUCAAAGAAUUCGCGGCUGAAGAAGACAAAGCUGCCACGGAGAAUCCUCUCCCUGACAUACCCAUGGAUGCGGAAACGAAGAAAACCAUGGUGCAGCUUUUGACAGAUAUUGUAGGCCACAUGACAAAUGUAACACGAGCUGUAUUCAAGUGGUAUCAGAUGACUCGUGACGAUACACGAGUUAAACUCUUUCUCCGCGCACGACUUCGCUUGACCAAGCAAUUUAAAGAUCCCAAGGAGCUGAAGGAGCUCAAAGAUACUUUCUCAAUGAGGCCCGCUGACGUAGAGCAAGCUAGAGUUCUGUUCACUGGGAUGGUCAUGGAUGUUAAGGGUAAAUAUCCCACGGUAAAAAAACCCGGUGGAGCGUCAGAUGCCCAAGGUGCAUCAGCCAACCCAUCUGCUGUAUCAAAUGGUCAAUCAUCGGAAGCAGUGCCUCUUAAUGCUGCCAAUUUACAGCAACAGCAGCAGCAGCUCAACAACAUGCACCAAAAAUCAAACAGCCGCAGCUCUCACCCGCCAGCAGCCCCUACGUCAUCCCAGCCACCGUUUUCAUUUGGAACUUCAUCCCCUCAUGGCCAGCCUAGAUACAACGGAAAGCCGCCUGCUGUCACGCAAGAGGAUCUUCGCAUUCCUGCACGCAAGAAGCAGAAGCCAAAUGGAACACCAAUUCAAGGACAUGGCACUCCGGGUUCCACCUCCUCGCCCCAAGUCACCAAAGUUCCCUCACCCGAAGUCAAGCGUCAGCAAAUUCCCGAGCUGAAGAUUGUGCCCAAACCAACUUGGCCAUGUAAUGAUGAGAUAUGCGAAAGUCAAAAUAUUGGUUUCGAAAGUGAAGAGGGUCUCGCCCGUCACACUCAUGCGGAGCAUAUGGCACCACUGCAAAAUCCACAGAAGUUUGCCGAGAAUUAUCUCCGUCCAGUGCUAGGUCUGGAUUCUCAAGAUCAAUCAAUUAAAUCAGUCAUAAUGACUGCGGAUGCAACUACACCAUCUAUGGGUACUAAAAUGGUUGCUACUGGCUCCAAUCAAGGCCAAACACCGAAGGUUGAGACUAUUACUCCCUUCGCUUCAGCUGCUACACCUAUGAAUCGUCAAAGUUCAACAAAUAGACAGUUUAGCACGUUACAGGGCAAAGCUAAAACUCAGUCUAACUCUGUCACGGAUACACCCAAGUCUCAGAAGGACAUCAGUAAGCAAGACUCAAAUCAACUAGCUCAAGAAGUCAUUUCAUAUGCUUGGACGAACGCUACUGUCGAUCCUAACGAACUCAUCCGAGCUUUCCAACCAUACGAAGGUGGUGCUGGUGGGGCUAUCUCUGAUGUCAAUGUCUACCGGUCUAUUACACCCAAUGACACACCAGAGUCGAGUAAGGAUGGCGUGUCAGAGCCCCCUAGUGACAUCUCUGAAGGGGUGAAUUUGGACAUUGCCUUGGACCUAUUUGAUGAUUCGUGGGUUCCUUUUGGACCAAGCGAUAUCGAAGCCCUUGGGGACCAUAACACACGCAAUUACAACGCAAAUCCCGGAGAUGACUUGACCAUGUUUGAUGAUUUAGGGUUUACCAACCCUUCACAGACAUGGGAUGAUCUAGACGUCCAAACCAAUUUUGAUCAACCGUUCCAGUUCACCGUAGAUGAUCACUAUUCUAUGGAUAUCUAG